AUGGGGCCCUGGACCUGGAGCCGCUCGUGGCUUGUCUUCUCCAAGGACCCGGACAGCCAGUUCAACUUGUGCAACGACCGUGCCGUAUACAACGAGAACACCAACACGCCGUCGGUCACGGUGGGCUACCCUCCCAGCAUGUCCUUUGACGUGGUCGAUGGCCUGGGGUGCUCGUACGAGGGGUCGGGGGACUCGGUGGGUAGCCUCUCCUGCACAGGCAUCUCCAACGUCCGGUGCAAGUCACUGGACGAGUUUGUCCCGCGCGGCAUCCUCAACAACCCGACGAUCAAGGCCAGGGUGUACUGCUUGUGGGGGACAUCUGCUCGAAACUAG